CCAGAGGCACCGCCGCGCCGCAGCCGGGUCCAUGCCCGCUGGAGCCCCCGCCUGCCGCCGCCCGCAGCCCCGGCAUGGACGUUCGGUUUUACCCCUCCGCCCCCACCGCCGUGGGCUCCCUGCCCGGUGCCGACCCCACUUGCCUCGGGCCGCUGGAUUAUUAUCACUGCAACAAGUUUGAUGGAGAGAACAUGUACAUGGGAAUGAACGAUAAUGCCCAGGAGUUUCUAUCAGCAAAUCAGACGUAUAACGGUCAGAAUGAGAAUAAUGAAGACUAUGAGAUCCCUCCCAUAACGCCUCCUAAUCUCCCUGACCCUUCCCUCCUGCACUUGGUGGACCAUGAAACUGGAUAUCACUCCCUGUGCCACAGCCUCCCUCCGAACAGCCUGAUACCAGCGUACCCCUACCAGAACAUGGACCUGCCGGCCAUCAUGGUCUCCAACAUGUUGAGUCAGGAUGGACAUCUUCUCUCCAGCCAGCUACCCACGAUCCAGGAGAUGGUCCACUCAGAUGCCACGUCCUAUGAGUCCAACCGUCAAGUGCCCCUGCUCAAUCGCCCUGGGAUGUUGGCCAGUCCCAUGAGUGCACUCAGCCAGUCACAGCUCAUCUCCCAGAUGGGCAUGCGGAGUGGAGUUGCCCACGGCUCCCCAUCACCCCCAGGAAGUAAAUCUGCAACACCAUCUCCCUCCAGUUCUACUCAGGAAGAGGAGACAGAGUCACAUUAUAAGGUUACUGGAGAGAAAAGACCAUCAACAGACCUGGGCAAAAAGCCCAAAAGCCAAAAGAAGAAGAAAAAGAAGGAUCCCAAUGAGCCCCAGAAGCCUGUGUCAGCCUAUGCCCUGUUUUUCAGAGACACACAAGCAGCCAUCAAGGGGCAGAACCCCAAUGCCACCUUCGGAGACGUAUCGAAAAUCGUUGCGUCGAUGUGGGACAGUUUGGGAGAAGAACAAAAACAAGCAUACAAGAGGAAAACAGAAGCUGCAAAGAAGGAGUACCUGAAAGCCCUGGCAGCGUACCGGGCCAGCCUCGUCUCCAAGAGCUCGGCCGACCAGGGGGAGACGAAAAAUGCCCAGAGCAAUCCACCUUCCAAAAUGAUCCCCCCCAAGCAGCCCAUGUACCCCAUGCCACCGCAGGCUUCCUCACCCUACCCCGGCCUGGGCUCAUUCCUGUCCCCGUCGGACCUGCAGAACUACCGCGGCCACCCCCACCCCGGCCUGUCCCGGACCCUCACCUCCAAACCCAUGCUGCCCAGCAUCAGUGCCUCCCCACCACCCUCCUUCCAGAUCAGCCCCCCGCUCCACCAGCAGCUCUCCUUGCACCACCCGCAGAGCUCCCUCCUCAGCCAGCCCCUCAGCAUGCAGCAGGUCCCCCAGCAGCCCCUCCUGUCCCCCCCCAUGGCACUACAGGUACAGCCCCCCAUGAACGCCUCGCCACCCGGGCAGCAGGACUUCUCACAUAUUUCGUCUGAGUUUCAAAACAGUGUUGGACCCCGUUCACCUGGUGCAUCGAACCCCCCAGGAAGCACUGAGUGGGACAGCGACUACCCCAGCAGAGAGUGUGGGAUUAACCACUGCAGCAUGCUGCCAAGGGACAAGGCACUCUACCUCACCUAAAACUCACCAUCUCUUUUUGAGGAGGCUCAGACGAAGGACACUUGAGAGGGUCUGUCUGACAGAGUACCCGGCGAGGCAACCGAGCAAGUCGUAGGGACGGGAGAGCCGCCACUGCACCUCGUCGCUGGCUUCGUCUCCAGGCUCUAAGAGCAGUUUUCUUUCAUGAUAUUUGAACUCUAAAGUUGACUUUCCGUGGAAGCCCAAAACCUCAUAAAUCAUGAACAAAAUAAUAAACAAAUAGAUAAAAUAACCACAAAACCAACAGAAUAAAACCCCACCCCACCCCUAACCCAAGGACACGGUUUUCCCGCUUGCCAUCAGCUUAGCUACAGACUCUUUUCCUAGUGAACUGCUUUUAGACGCAGCGUAGGCUCAAGGUCUGGUGUCCUACAGCAUUAGGCCAGCUCAGUAGGAGGAUGCACUCUUUUUUUUGACUUGCUAACAGCACUAAAACUUUGUGCAAGAAACAAAAAGAAAACAAAACAAAAAAAAAACAAAUGUGAAGUUCAGUUUGUGUGAAUAUUGUACAUGCAAAAGGCCUUGGAUGCCUGGCCACAAACGAAAUGCAACAAUGAAGUGAAAACUCUUGCUAAAGUAGGUGGGGACGAGAGCAGAAGGCAAAAUGUGAGAGAAAAAUGUGAAGAAAAACAACCCCAUGACAAUAUAAUUUGUUGGAUAGUUGUAAGUAGUUUACUCAGUGUUUUAGAGCUGUGCUAAAGACAUCUUUAAGAUUUCUUUUUUUUGGUGAAAAAAAAAACAAUUAGUAGUUUACUUUCUAGUAAAAGCAUUUUAUAUUAAUUGUAGCACAUUUUUUUAGUUAUACAUAGAAGGGAGAUGUGUAUAAAAACAACAACAACAAAAAGCCUGCCAAACUUGUUUCUAUUAUUUGUACAGCAAGAAAUGGACAAUUUAUAUCCAUGUUGUAUGGCAUUACUCUAUUUUUUUUCCUGCCAUAUGUCCAUCUAUUUAAAAAUUGCUGACAAUGAUUUUUGUCUAUUUAUGAAGAAGAAAAAAAAGAAUGAGAGAGCAUACUUACAGUUUCUCAUAAGGUGCAUUUUGGGGGGUUUAUUUUAAUGUUUCUUUCGUUUGACGGUGCUGCUCUGGCAGUGCCUGGCACACUCGGUUCACAAUGCUUAUCUUACCUUUCUUUAUAAUAAAACAUCUGAAAAGUA